UACAUUCAUUAAUAAAGUGUUUACAAAGACAAACAGUUAUGUCCUUGUCUUUUAGGAGAGGCAUGUGGUUUACCAUCGUUGGUGGCUGCAGUCAAUGGUGACGAGCAAAUUCUUGACCAUAAUGCCAAACGUCCAAGGUUGGAUGAGGAAAAUACCGCGGCGGAGCAAGUCGAGGCUGAGAGUCAGACAAAUGUUGUGGAGAAGUCAACUAUCUUGCUGGAUAUAUGCUGCGGUACUGGAACUAUUGGCCAGUGUGUUUUACAAGAGUAUAGAAGAAAAAAUAAGGUCUGCUGCAUUGGAGUCGAUAUAAUUGAGUCGGCCAUUGUCGAUGCGAAAGAAAACGCUUUGGGCAAUGGGAUGAAUGAGAAUAUGUGCCGCUACGUUGCUGGAAAAGCUGAGGAUGUUUUUCCUUCAUUGCGUUCUCACAUUCCUUCUGGCUUCGAUUUGCAAGAAUCGAACGUUGUUGGAGUGCUGGAUCCUCCACGGUGUGGAGUCCAUGAGAAAGUUGUACACGGAUGCCGUAAGAUGGAUACAAUGCGACGCUUGGUUUUCGUCUCAUGCAAUCCUAGUGCAGCUAUGAAGAACAUCGUCGACCUCUGCCGUCCAACAAGACCAAGAUUCGCAUACAGUCUUCCAUUUUUUUGCUCUAGUCAAAAGAUCUAG